AUGCGGGCAUUUCGACUCCUCCAGACAUUUCUGGGGUUAGCCCCCCUCGCAACGGCCAACAUCGUGACCUUCUCCCCGUCCACCGCCCACCCGAACCUCACCUACAGCGUGACCGUCCCGGAGACGACGACGCAGCACAACGCCGGCGCGAUCUACCUGCAGAUCCGGGCCCCGCGCAGCCUGCAAUGGGUGGCGCUGGGCCAGGGCACGGGGAUGGCGGGCGCCAACAUCUUCGUCGUCUACGCCGGCGCGUCCGCCACGAACCUGACCCUCUCGCCGCGCCUGGGACGCGGACACAUCGAGCCGCAAUACACCGAGCUGGCCAACGCCACCCUCCUCCCCAGCAGCAGUCUCACCGACGACACCAUCGAAGCCAACAUCCUCUGCACAAACUGCCUAGCCAGCUGGUCCUCCCCCUCCUCCACCCGUUACCCGCCCUCCGCCCCCUCCGCCCCCUUCAUCUGGGCCUACCACACCGGCGACCCGCUCCCCUCCUCCUCCCCGCAGGAAACAAUAACCAUCCACACCGAAAUGGGCAGCACGACCCUCGACCUCACCAAAGCGCAAUUCUCGGCCCCUUCCGCGGAAAACACCACCACAAGCACCGAAUUCAACCCCUUCAAAACCUCCGCAUCCACCUCCACCUCCACCCCCCAGAACCACAGCGGAAGCACCCCCGCCCAAACCAAAACCCGCUCCCUCCUCAUCGUCCACGGCACCCUAAUGGGCACAGCCUUCCUCCUCCUCUUCCCACUCUUCGCCCUCCCCAUCCCCCUAGGACUCAGAUACAACAUCCCCGCCCUCCACGCGCCCCUCCAGCUCUUCACCCUCUGUCUCACCAUCGUCGGCCUGGGGACCGGCGUGUACCUCGCCACGACGGUCUCCACCCUCAAACACGCGCACCCGAUCAUCGGGAUCAUCCUCGUCGGAGUCCUGGUGCUCUUCCAGCCACUGGCGGGAUACCUGCAACAUCGGCAUUGGCGGCGCGAGGGCGCCAAGAGUGUGUUCGGGUAUGUGCAUCGGUGGGUGGGGCGGGGGGCGAUUGUGCUCGGGAUGGUGAACGGGGGGUUGGGGUUCGGGCUGGCGGGCCGGGGCAUGGGCGGGGUCGGGAGUCGGAAUGUGCCCGUGGCCGCGGUGGUGGUAUAUUGUGUUGUGGCGGGGCUGGUGGGCGCGGUGUAUGUGGUGGGCGUGGUUUGGGGGAAGACCAAGUUCAUUCGUGUCUAUGUUCAGUAG